UCAAGAAAGAACUUUUUGACAUGCUAAGUGGAGUGGAAGGGUGUGAACCAUCGUUAUAAAGCUUCCAUUUGAAGAAUAAGGCGCUUGAAUGGUUCCUUGUCUUUGAUUAAUGGGCGAGUGGGAAACGAUCUUUUUCUGUCAACACAAGUCAGGAUCUUUUGUUUUGAUGCAGAAAAAAACCAAGGACACCUAAAUUCAAGUCUGAUUUUGCUGGUGCCGUGAAAUUUUAAUCACUCUUAGUUUGGGCGUUUACUUGACUCUUGAGCAAGCAAUGUUGACCUUUUUGCCGAAUCGCAUUUUAUUUGGGCAUUCCUAUUUUUGCAAAUAUACCGUUUCCGCUUUCCCAUUCUAUCUUCUGUUAAAAAAUCAUAAACUUUAAUGCACUGUUAUUUUUGUAGACGACGGCAAGAGCGUGAACAGCGUGUUGCCGAAGCCCAGGCAAAGAAGGCACAGGAGGAUGUGGCUAAAAUCAAAAUUACACAAGAAAAACUUGAGCUGAUGAAGAAAAAAGAAGAGCGUGUCAGGAAGUAUAAAGAAAAAGAAGAAGAAAUGAAGCGUAAAAUGAGGGAGAGAAAAAUGGCUGAGGCAGAAGCAAAGCGGCGAAAUGAAGAACUUGAAAGGAAAGCCAAGUUAGCUGAGAAGGAAGAAGAGGAUAAGAAAAGGGCAGAGUUUUUGCAGAGAAAGCAGGAAUAUGAAGAGGUAGAGCGUAAAAAGAAAAUUGAAGAGCAGAAACGGUUGGAGGAGCAGCGACUUGAAUGCCAUCAACGCGACUUACAACUUCAAGAAGAAAGAAUUAGAAGAGAGAUAGAGGAGAGGGAGGCUCUGGUUAGGAAAAGACUGGAGGAGAAAGCUCAGAGAGAAAAGGAGGAACGAGAGCUGAAAGAGCAGCAAGAAAAGAAGCGACUCGAGAAGGAAAGGCAAGAGAGAGAGGAACAAGAAAGUCUGAGAAAAGAAGCUGAGGAAUUAGAGAAAGCACGAAAAGAAGCUGAAGCUAAAUUGAAAAAGGAAAGGGAGCUGAAAGAAGCCAAGGAACAGGAAAUGAAAGAGCGCGAAGCUUACUAUAAGAAGAAAUUGGAGCAAAAGCAGCUUGGUGAAGUUAAAAGAACCUUUGAUAAAGCAGAGCUAGAUAUUAAAGAGUCAGUGAUGAAAUCGCCGGCUCAUCCAGCACCACAUCUUAAUAAGACAGCGCAGAAUCAAGUCCAGAAGGUUCAUUGUACUUCUUACAAGACGCCUACGUUGAAUAAAGUGAAAAGCAAAUUGCACAAGAAAAGGUCGCCGUCUCUUCAAUCGUAUGAUAUUGAAGAUUUAAAUGAAGAUGAUUCGACUGAUGAUGAAGAAGAUCCAGCCCAAAUGGUGCCUAGCUGGGCCAAAGGUGCGAAUCUCACGGAGUCCGUACGCCAACAGCAACGCAGUGACAUUGACCCUUACGAAAUAUUUGCCAACCUGCUUCAGCCACCAAAGUUAGAGGAAAUUUUCCCUAAAUUAAGAGCAAGGUUUUUCAAGCGUACCAGUAGUGCGUGCUGGGAUCAUCCACCAAGGCCGGCUAAAACGGUGCUGUAAAUAUGUGUACAAUUGAUUUUUGUAGCAGUUUUUAGACAUUUUAUAGAUACUAGCAUGAUUUGGUAGAGUAGUCAAGUUGGUAAAUACAAAAAGUAACCGAAGGUCUCCUGAAAGCAACACCCAACAUUCCACAUUGUAGGCGGAUUCUUUUGAAGCAAUAAAAUUCACAGGAGGAUAGGUAAUUUUACAGGGCGACUCUGGGGUCUGUCCUAGCCGUUAUAACCCUUUGACAAAUUUGAAGUUUUAAAUAUCACAGUAACUUUGAGAUCCAGUACUAAGAGUGCUGUAAUUUAGUUAUUUUCUACGGGCAGAUUAGAAAUUAGACGUUUCGGUGUGUUACGAUGACCAUGAAUAUUUUUGGUUUUUCAGUACUGUUUAAGAUUACUUAAAGGCAGUGUGUCGCGCUGUUCAUUGGCAAUUGUUUGUUGAAUUUCGAGGGUCCUCGAAUUUAGAGAAGCGUGACAAAUUGGUACAACUGGUCAAUAGCAACUAAGAGGCGUCCUUUGUUACGAAAUGAAAACUCACUGAAAUAUAAAUUGUGUCCUUUGUUUCGCCAAACCAAUGAACCGCGCGACGUACUGCCUUUAAGGCUUUCAAUACCAAGGCAAGGUACAAAGCUGAAAAACCUUGAAUCCUUUAAUUUCGACAAAUAUUUCCCACCAAAGUUGUAAAUAUUUAUAGUUUUUCUGUUAACUCUCGUUGGAUAAUUUUGACAACAUCAUGCCUCCAGUCUCGUAGUUUUUAAAAGAAUAUGCGUUGAUAUGUACAUAAAUAUUC